AUGAGAGUAGUAACUUAUUAUAAAUUAUGGUUAAAUACUGAUAUGCCUGAAGGCAGAAGAAGGAAUUUAGCGCUAAACAAACCAGCUACACAAAUUAGUCAAUAUUUGGGUUUUGAGGCGGGAAAGGCUAAUGACGGCAUUGAUGGAAUAAGUGUAGAUACGGGAGGUUGUAGUCACACGGCGGGUUAUGCUGCUCUUGUUCCAGAAACACAUCCAUGGUGGGAAGUUGAUCUGUCACAAGAAUAUUAUAUUUCAGCUGUCGCCAUUUCACAUCCAGUUUACGAUCUACCACAAUUGGCUCACAAUUUUUCUAUUGAGAUCUACACAGAUGGAGAGACUAUUAAUGAUGCUGUACUUUGUUACUAUCAUCCCGGUCUGGCAACUACAAAUUCAACUGAGCUGUAUUGGUGUAAAACUACUAUUAAAGGACGCCAUGUAAGAAUAACCAUUAAUGGUAACAGGGCCGAAAUGUUGCUUCUUUGUGAGGUUAAAGUAAUCGGCUCUGAGUAUUUAACUACUACGUCAUUUAUCAAGUUCGACAACGCCGAUCUAGAAUCUCCAGAUAUGACGUACAGUGUACAAGGAUAUGGUCAAUGUGCUAUGAAAUGUUAUGUGUUACCAAUGUGUCAUAUCUUCAGUGUAAAAUCGGUGUCUGAUUAUUAUCUAUGUAAUAUUUUCACCAACAUGUACCCAAAACUCGUUGGCAAUUCUACUGGCAGGCCUGGAAUUGUUGCUUUUAUCAUGUAA